AUGGUCGGCAAGUCCUCGGGCGGCAAGAACGGCGACAAGACGACGCGGCCCUCGCGCUCGACCAAGGCGGGCGUGCUGUUCCCUGUCGGCCGUAUCCACCGCUUCCUCCGCAAGGGCGCCUACGCUCCCCGCAUCGGCGCCGGCGCUCCCAUCUACCUCGCCGCCGUCCUCGAGUACCUCGCCGCCGAGGUCCUCGAGCUCGCCGGCAACGCGGCGCGCGACAACAAGAAGGGCCGCAUCACGCCGCGCCACCUCCAGCUCGCGAUCCGCAACGAUUAA